GUUAAGGGAUACUCAAAGUAUACGAGUAGAUUUCUUGAUAUAACUUUGGUGAUACGGAGUUCGACAUGCUGUGACGGAUUCCUCUUUGAAGAAUUGACUUGACGCGUGUUCUGACUGGAACGAAAGGAAACCUUCGAAUAACGGCGAAUGAUGAAACCAAGACUUGGAGUGGCUAUAGCCCUAGUUAUGGGCAUGAACAUGAUUGGAAUUGGUGUACAGAGCUUGACUACAAGAGCGGCACCGUUAACGAGUGAAGAAAGGCUGGCCAAGGAUCUUCUUGAUGGCUACACGGGGAUUGGUCGGCCUAUCGCCAACCAUUCUCAUGCGAUUGAAGUCGGCAUCUACACAUUUGUCCUGCAGAUUGUUGAAUUGGAUGAUCGACGCCAAACAUUUGUUUUCUCCGGAAUAAUAUAUAUGGCCUGGAGAGAUGCGCACCUCAGAUGGUAUCCAAAUGAAUACGAUGGAUUAGAACAGAUAUCGCUGCCCAUCCAGUCAUUGUGGUACCCGGAUAUAGGAGUACAGAAUAGCGCUGACACAUUAACAUCUGCGAUAACGGAAAACAGAAAGAACAAAGCGAUCGUGCGGUUCACCGGCGAUGUAUAUUGGACUCUACCAGGCGUAUAUUCCGUCUCCUGUCGUUUGAAAAUGGCCAUGUUCCCCUUUGACACCCAAACCGUUGACAUCAAAGUGUUCGUGGCAGGCGAGGUGGGUGAGGGGGUGAAACUCACAACAAAAACCGUGUCCCCUUUCAAAUUUAAGUACUAUUCUAAUAGCACUGAAUGGAACAUGGUCGGGAUCGAACACAUAAUCCAGCGAGACACUGCCUUCGUCAGUUCUGUUUCAUUCUAUCUGUACACCACGUCAGUGACAUUGAAGCGCCGCUCAGGAUAUUACGUAUUUCAGAUCCUUGCCCCAUGCGUUAUGAUUUCGUUCCUUGUGACCGUCACAUUUUAUAUUCCGCCGGAAUCUGGGGAGAAGGUGUCGUUCAGUGUCACGAUAUUCUUGGCGUUUACUGUCUACCAGCUGAUGAUUGCCGACAUUGUACCCAAAUCCGCCGGGAGUGACCAAACACCACUGAUAACUCUUUACCUUACCUCCCUGAUAGCUAUGUCAGCCGCAGCCGUAUUCCUUGCUAUCUUAAUUCUCACCAUCUACCAUCACGACCCCGGGAAGCCUGUCCCAAAGUGGAUGACAUCACUGAUCUUUGGCUGCCUGGCGACGAUAACCCUCAAGCGGCAAGCAGUCCGUAACCUCGGAUUGAAGAGCAACAACACUGUUGAGACCACCGUCCAUUCCAUCUCGUCGUCUCAGCGGAAACAAGAGGACAGUAAACUGGAAAGAUCACCAGGAAGGAAUGUUCCCACAGGCGACAUAGGAUUGGCCUUCCCGACUGAAGAAAAACUAGAAGCACUCGAAGACAGAAGGCAUGCACCAGCUUGGAAAAUGGCCGCGACAAUUUUGGACAGGUUCUUCUUCAUGACGUUUCUAUGUUUCGCAUUCUGUUGUAAUUUCGUUUUUUUUGGGAUCGUGCCCUAUGUGUACGUGUAAGUAUCAAGGUCGCCUUUAAUUUAAGUUGGCAAACAAAUGUCGAUCGAUAUUCAUAUAUUGCAAGAAUCAGCGCUAGUAUUCAUUGUAUGGCUGUACAUGUACCCGCAGCACAGAGCAACAACCACCGGCAGCUGCCGCGGGAAACCGCGUGGCUUUAACAGGCCCUGGAUUUAUUUCGAUGCAAGUUAUUGACGGUUGUAGCAUGGUUGAAGACAUUGAUCAUGUAGAUCCCAUCUGAAGAAACAAAUGCAGAUCUUUUCAAUGAUGGAGCCUACUCAAUUUUCCAUCUCGACGUGACUAUGAAGCUGUCCGCGUUUGCAUUGAUAUCGUUCUUCUGAUAGCUUUCUAAAUCUCCCCUUUUGCUACUUUGGUUGUUGUAAAUAUGCGUUGUACUUUUCUAUCUCAACAUGGCCGAAGUUUUUGUCAUCGUUCCGCCCCAGUAAGUCCAAAGUCAGACCCAAGCUUACAGUUCGGACUCCAAGAGAAGAUAUCGUUAAAGGGACGGUUCCAUCUCGAAUAAUAGCCUUGUGUGUCAGGAUAUAUAUAU